CCGGUUCAGAGUUCGCUGGGGUCCUGACGGCGCGGAUAAGAAAGACAACCAGCAGCAGUCGCAGCAGAAAUACCGUUUUUUUUCCAUUUGUUUCUUACAUUAAAACCGACGUGACGAAUUUUAAACAUGUCUGGCAGAGAAGGAGGCAAAAAGAAACCGCUGAAGGCGCCCAAGAAACAGUCUAAGGACAUGGAUGACGAUGAUGUUGCCUUCAAACAGAAACAGAAGGAAGAACAGAAGGCCCUGGAGGCGUUGAAGGCCAAAGCUUCAGGAAAAGGACCUCUAGGCUCCAGUGGCAUCAAGAAAUCCGGCAAGAAGUAAGAUCUGAAUCUGACGAUGAUGUUUGUCUGCUCCCCGGCCUCGCGUCCUGUGUCUGAGAUGUGUGUGUGCUCGCUGAGAAGACUCCAGUUGUCUUUUAGCUC